UUGCAACCCCCUGCCAUGAGGGGCUUCUCAAGGAGAGUUGCAGUACAACAGUACUUUGACUAUUUAUUCAAGCUACUUCUGAUUGGAGACUCUGGUGUUGGGAAGUCUUGCCUUCUACUUAGAUUUGCAGAUGACACAUACACAGAAAGUUACAUCAGCACAAUUGGUGUGGAUUUUAAAAUCCGAACUAUAGAGUUAGAUGGGAAAACCAUCAAACUUCAAAUAUGGGACACAGCAGGCCAAGAGAGAUUUCGAACAAUCACCUCCAGUUACUACAGAGGAGCCCAUGGCAUCAUAGUUGUGUAUGAUGUUACAGAUCAGGAGUCUUUCAAUAAUGUAAAACAGUGGCUGCAAGAAAUAGAUCGUUAUGCCAGUGAAAAUGUUAACAAGUUGUUGGUAGGGAACAAAUGCGAUCUGACCACAAAGAAAGUAGUAGACUAUACAACAGCAAAGGAAUUUGCAGAUUCCCUUGGAAUUCCAUUUUUGGAAACCAGUGCAAAGAAUGCCACAAAUGUAGAACAGUCUUUCAUGACCAUGGCUGCAGAGAUUAAAAAACGAAUGGGUCCUGGAGCUACAGCUGGUGGUGCAGAGAAGUCCAAUGUUAAAAUUCAGAGCACUCCAGUCAAGCAGUCUAGUGGAGGUUGCUGCUAAAAUUUGCCUCCCCUUUGUCUCACAACAAUGAAUUUUGCAAUCUGAACCCAAGUGAAAAAAUUGCCUGAAUUGUACUGUAUGUAGCUGCACUACAACAGAUUCUUACCGUCUCCACAAAGGUCAGAGAUUGUAAAUGGUCAAUACUGACUUUUUUUAUUCCCUUGACUCAAGACAGCUGACUUCAUUUUCAGAACUGUUUAAACCUUUGUGUGCUGGUUUAUAAAUGUGUGUAAUCCUUGUUGCUUUUCCUGAUACCAGACUGUUUCCCGUGGUUGGUUAGAAUAUAUCUUUUGUUUUGAUGUUUAUAUUGGCAUGUUUUAAAUGUUGGGUUUAGUCUUCUGAAGAUGAAGUUCAGCCAUUUUGUAUCAAACAGCACAACAGUGUCUGUCACUUUCCAUGCAUAAAGUUUAGUAAGAUUUGCUAGUUCUUUCUUGUAGAGUUAUAAAUGGAAAGAUUACACUAUCUGAUUAAUAGUUUCUUCAUACUCUGCAUAUAACUUGUGGCUGCAGAAUAUUGUAAUUUGUUGCACAAUAUGUAACUAACAACUGAAGAAAUGUUUAAUAAAUAUUGUACUUAUUGGAAGUAAUAUCAAACUGUAUGGUGAUAAAUAUUGUCUUAAUUUUUAUGGCUAAGGGGGAAAUUAGGCUUGCAUUGUGCCCAAAAUGUAUCAUGUGCAGUAAUGGCACUCUAGACCCUCUAGUAAACCAAACACCCUUCCCAAAAAUGUAAGUAGGAAGUAUGGCCUAAAAGACUAAGUUCUUAUAGUCUUUCAGGCCUAUUUACUGUAUUUGGAACACAAUUUAAGACUAAUGUUCAUGGAAGCAUAAUGCAUUCUGAAUGUACAGUAUUUUUCCCUGUCUUAGUCAAUGAAGUUUAAUUUAUUUCUGAAGGACUUCAUUUAGAAAUUGUCUACUUUGCUCUGUAGUAGAGGUGGAAACAAUUUUUCCUAACAUGUGAAUGACUUAAAGCUAACAACUCAAGGUGAUGUAACUCUGCCAGUAUGUCAUGUCUUUCUAUGUUACUUCCAUACUUUUAAUCAAAUACUGUUUUGACUUUAUUUAAUAAACUUAGUGCAACAACUUA